AUGACCUCGACGACAACACCCAUCGUCUGCCUCUUCCAGGGCUGCGACGCGCUCGUGGACGGCGAGAGUCAAAAGUGCGCCUUUCACCGCAACCGUAAAAAGUGCUCAGUCGACUUUUGCUCCAACCAAGUGUACGCGCGGGGCUUUUGCAUCCGGCACGGCGGCAAGCUCCUCUGCUGCUACCCACAGUGCAGCCGCAACGCGCGCAAGGACGGCGUCUGCACCCAGCACAGCCAGCUCAAACCGCUUUGCUCCGUCGCUGGCUGUAGCAAACUCGCACGGCGGAAUCAAAAGUGCGUCGGCCACGGCGGUGGCCACCCCUGUAUCGUCCCCGGCUGUCACACCAACGCUCGGUUCCGCGGCCACUGCUGGCGCCAUCGACACUGCUUACCCAAGAGCGCGGCCAAGGUAGCUCACGCCCCCAUGGACAUGGACCGCUUCACGGGGUUCGUGGAUGACCUGCUGCAAGACAUUGACAUUGAAGCGAUUGAGCCUGGUAGUUAUACCCCCUGGACGUGCUAG